GGUAUAAACGGUACAAACCGGGACUUACCGGGACUAACAGCUCCACUAACUGUUUCAUAUUUACUCUGAGCUCUGAUUGACUCUGAGUCACGUGAUCUGCUGCAGCCGCUAACAGCUCGUUUCCGGUCGGUUAACGGAGGAAAAGCUAACCGGAGAGAGGUGUGUGUCGGUGGAUGGGUGAGCAGCAGCCAUGAUGAGUGUGGAGCCGGACGCUCUGGCUGUCGUAAACCAGCUGAGAGAUCUGGCCGCUGACCCGAUGAACCGCAGAGCCAUCGUCCAGGACCAGGGCUGCCUGCCGGGCCUCAUCCUGUUUCUGGACCAUCCCAACCCACAGGUGGUCUACUCCGCUCUGCUGGCGGUGCGUUACCUGGCGGAGUGCAGAGCCAAUCAGGAGAAGCUGAAGGGCGAGCUGGGGAUGAUGCUGAGUCUGCAGAACGUCAUGCAGAAGUCGACGACUCCGGGGGAGACGAAGCUGCUGGCGUCAGAGAUCUACGAGCUGCUGCAGGCGUCCGGCGCCGCCGACCCAGAGACCGGCGCCGAGGCCGUCAGCGGACACAAAAAAGCUCAGUUCUUUCUCGGCUCGAGCAACAAGAGAGCGAAGACUGUGAUCCUGCACAUCGACGGGCUGGACGACUCUAGUCGCAGGAGUCUGUGUGAAGAAGCUCUGCUGAAGAUCAGAGGAGUGAUCAGCUUCACCUUCCAGAUGGCUGUGAAGAGAUGCAUCGUUAGGAUCCGCUCGGACCUGAAGGCCGAGGCUUUGGCGUCUGCGAUCGCGUCUACGGAGGUGAUGACGGCUCAGCAGGUGAUGAAAGGAGAGAACGGAGACGAGGUGUUGAUCCCGUUUUCGGAGGACGGCUCUGUAUCGGUGGAGCAGAACGUGGAUCUGCCCGACUACCUGCCGGAGGAAGAGAGUCCGUCUCAGGAUCCGGACAAGGCGGUGACCCGGGUGGGAACCGGUGGUGAUGGAGCCACCUGGCUGGGCGCCGCCGCCAACUUCCUGUCCCGCUCCUUCUACUGGUGACCCUGCAGGGCCACCGUCCCCUCCCCCCCCCCCCCCCUCUGUUAAAGCCUCCCGCCGCCCGUCACAACCAAAAUCUACCAGCUGCCAAAUCUCAGAGCUGUCCGUCGGAGCCGGAGGGACGAACGGCGAUGUCGUCACUUUAAACGAUGAAAACAGAGACGAGCGGCGGCGUUCUCUCCGUUAACGGGUCCAUUGAUACAAACCAAAUGUCUUAACGGAGCGGCAGUACGAACUAACGAGUUUAAAGAGGACCGAACCUCUUCCUCCUUUUACCUUCCACGUAUUUAUUUGACCAACAGACGAGCGAGUGACUGAGUGACGUUUCUACAGUCUGACCGUCUGAGUUCAGUCAGCUGUGCCUUUAGUUUGAACUUCUGCUGAUUCACAGAGCGACUCGUCUUUAAAAUGUCUCAAUGAUGACGAAUGCCUGAGUUAUUAUGAAUAUCACACCCGUCACCUGUCAGCCAAUCAGAAACUUCCUGUGAGCUGAGCUGCCUCUGUGCUGUUUGAACCAGAGAUGUCAAGAUGUCUGAAUAUGAUUAUUACUUGUUAUAAUCAGUCAGAUUUUUAUUAUUCUAUCGUCAGAACUCGACUUUUUAUAACCGAUUCCUGCAGCGACACGAAUAUAAGACGAUGUUUGAUUCAGUCAAUGAUGUUUGGAAGAAGUCGGCGUUACACCAGCUGAUCAGAUCAUAUUUCUUUGUAAAAGGAAAGAGAGAUUCUCAGUUUUAACCCAGAUGAGUUCAGACACCAACAGUCUGCUGUGACGAAGGAUGAAGAUGAAACUAUCUCAGGAAACUUCCCAUCAGGACGACCGUCACAGUUUUUAUUAAAGCAGCCGCUGAAACAAACGUUGUCUUAUAUUCAGAAAGUAAAGUUAAAGCUUUAAACGUUAAAACUCAUCAGAAAUAAGAACGCAGCCAUGUGGGACCACGAGGGUUAAAUAUGGGCUGCAAGGGAGGGAACAUGUCCGAUAAAUCUCUGGUUAAAUGUCAGGAAACCUUCUAUGGGAAUUAACAGGAACCAACUGUAUACAACGCCAGCUUGAAAAUUUCAGGUGCAUGCUGGGAAAAAUAAAAACAGGGAUUCUACUUAUAUGGGCAUCAGGAGGAGCAUGAGGCGCCCUCCUGAACCUGUGAACCAAUCAACCUGUCAAUCACCACGUAGCCACGCCCUAAUGCAUACCCUGCUUUAUCGUCACAUAUAAAAUCAGGGAGGCCAA